GUGACCAUUAUGGUCAGACUUUUCAGAGAGGCCCUGGUGGUUUCAGAGAGAACUACCGCAAGAAAAUGCAUUUGACAUCCAACAGUGCAAGGUUUAUCUGUCUGACUGAAAUGAAAAGCAGCACGUCUACUACGAAGAGGCUGUUCAACACUUCACAUACAACAGUGGAUUCAAAAGAGAUGAAAAAAUUCCAGUUGUUGGCUCAUACAUGGUGGGAUGAGCAUGGAGUAUAUUCUGCCCUGCAUUCUUUGAAUGAUAUUAGAGUGCCAUUUAUUAGAGAUACUCUAUUGAACAUAAGUAGUGAUCAUCACUUGGGAAGCCCUCUGUCUGGUGUAAAGAUUCUAGAUGUCGGCUGUGGUGGUGGAUUGUUAAGUGAACCUCUAGGUAGACUGGGAGCUUCAGUUACUGGGAUUGAUCCUCUGGAGGACAAUAUUAAAAUAGCAGAACAGCACAAAUCAUUUGAUCCAGUCCUGGUCAAGGGAGUACAGUACAAAUCCUGCUCACUGGAGGAAAUUGCAGAAGAGGCUACAGAAACCUUUGAUGUAAUUAUUGCUUCUGAAGUAGUGGAGCACAUGGUAGACCUAGAAACAUUUAUCAAGUACUGCUAUCAAGUGUUAAAACCAGAAGGUUCGUUAUUCAUUACUACAAUCAACAAAACACAGUUGUCCUACAUCUUGGGGAUUGUAGUUGCAGAGAGAAUAAUGGGCAUUGUACCAGAAGGAACUCAUGACUGGGAGAAGUUUAUUUCACCUGAAGAGCUAGAAUGCCUGUUAGAGUCAAAUGGCUUUUUAGUCAAGACAGUGAAUGGAAUGUCAUACAAUCCCCUGUGGGGGUUGUGGAGUUGGACUGAAAACACUAGCAUCAACUAUGCGAUGCAUGCCAUGAAAUGUAGGGUACAAGAACAGUCAAGCUCAAAAGAGCCACCUUCAGAAACACAUGAGGAGCAGCACACAGCUGAAGCUAGUGGAAAUACAACUGUCGGAGGCAUGAUAAUAGGGAAGCAGUAGGAAGCUGAAGGAAGAUUUCCAUAAAUAGUUGUAAUAAAAUUGUUUACAACACAUCUGCUGUUCACAUAAAUGGUAGUUGAGAUGUUUUGAUUGACUGUGGGUAAAGCUAUUACUUAUUUUCUCAGGAAUCAUGCAGCAUUCAGAGAAUGCUUUCAGAGAGUUUGUUUAUUAUUAUUAUUAUUAUUUCAAACUUUCAGAUUAGUCUGUCAGUAUCUGUGAAGGGAAUGUUACAUAUGGCUUUUAUGGUCUUACUAAGAAAACACAGAUUUCAGCACAACUCUGAAGACUAAUGGUUUGAUGCUGAAUUCAAUUUGGAAUCACUUUUAAAAAUGUAAUACACUGUGUGUAAAUAGAAGGGUUUAAACAAGUUUUAGAUUAAACUACCCGAGUGCAGUGUUCAGAAA